AUGGGGUUUUGGAAUCAGGGCAUCCGCUCCCAUCGCAGCAACUCUCCAUCUCCCUCCCGCCGCUCAUACUACGCCUCCCGCCCGUCCUACUCGCGCAGCGCAUCCUCCUUCUUCUCCGGCCUGGGCGGUGGCUCCUCGUCACGCGGUAACGGCCAUGGCCACUCCUCCCGGGCAAGGCCCCGAUCCGGCUUCGUCAAUCGAAUACGGCGCUUCUUGAGAGAAAUAUACCACUGGAUGCGUCGUCAUCCGGUCCGAACAUUUGUCCUGGUGAUUCUGCCGUUGAUCACAGGAGGGGCUCUGAGCAAACUACUCGGAACAUUGGGCAUUCGACUCCCCGUCGGGUUGCAGAGGAUGAUGGGCGGACGACAGAUGACCCAGACAACCGGAAGGUUCUACGCCCGUGGAGGCGCGAGGGACUUUGAUGGUGGUAGCGCCUUGCCCGGCAUGGAUGGUGGUGGACUGGGCAACAGUAUUGGUGCAUUAGCAGGUAAGGUGAUUCUUUGA